GCCUGAGAGCACAGAGUUGAUGAUUUUAGUGGCUGCCAUUUUUUUCUUGCCUUAAUAGCGGCCAAAAAGAUUUGGCGUGGACGACCUAGACCUUGAUCUCUCCCCUCUCUCUCUCUCUCUCUCUCUCUCUCUCUCUCUCAUUUUGUCCGAGGGUGCGACCUUGGCGGCGACUGUGGGGUUGUGGGCAAUGGCUAAGAGAGUGGACAAGCAGGUAAAUCUCUUCUACUGCGCCGAGUGCGAGGAGCUCGCCAGGAAAGUGGCCGAUCACUCCGACGCCAUCCAGCUCCGGACUAUCUCUUGGAGAUGUCCAUCCCAACGCACUCCUAGAGCUACAUACUCAACUGCUGUUGAGGAUGACAGUUCCAAAGAGACUGACAGAAUUCCAACACCUAAAGUGAUAAUUGAUCAAGACUCAAACCCAGAUGCAACCAUCGUCGAGGUAGGCUUUGGCGAUCGCCUUGGAGCACUACUUGACACUGUUAGGGUGCUUUGCGAAAAAGCUAAGGAGGUUUUAAUGGAAGAAAGCAAUGUUCAGGCCAACUGUUCAAUCUGUUCAAAGCUCACAAAUAUCCUAGACAAAAUCCAAUUGCUCACAAGAUUAUUUUGUGCUCUUUUGUUUUAUUUAUACUUCUUGCACUUAUCAUACUAUAUGGUUGAGAAGAUUGUUAAAGAAAUUUCAUUUGGAGCAAAAAGAUGCUACAAGGAUCAUGAUUGA